AUGGCUUCCGUUGACACCAACCAUGUUUCCACCAUAUCCAAGCCAGAAGGUGUUAUUGGCUAUGGUGGAAAGACGCCAAAAUUAGCAGUCUUUAUCCAAAAGGGCAGUGGCGGUAGGGGAGGAGGCGGACGUGGUGGCGGUAAGGGAAGAGGAGGACGCGGUGGCAGAUACGACCGUCUAAAGCAAUCUCGCGGUGGUCUAGGCGGGUUUCCAUAUUUUUAUGGUAUGUCGCACCACCACGCUAAUCGGUCAAGCAGUAGCCGGAAUCUUGGAAGGUCAGGGUGUGGUUUCGGUUGGUUAGGUUUAUUACCGGCUUUGGUAGUGUUGAUUUUGGUUUCAUAGAGUUAAUUAGUCUUUAUUAGAACUUUAAUUUGAAAGAGUUUCUUAGAUUUUGAUUUUUAAUGGAUUUUGUAAAGCAUAUAAUCUUGUAGGAGUAUCAUUAACUAGUAUGUCACGGCUCUUUAAAGAGAUCGGAGGGAUCAAUUAGGUACGGCUCUGUAAAUAAGUAUGUCGAAAAUAUUAGAAUGACCUUGAAGGAUCUGAAAGAGCCGACAAUAAGAUCCAAUCAACUAACGCUAGGGAGAACAAAAG